AUCACAUAUUCCUAACUGUAACAAAACCAAUAAAUCAAAAUAGAGUUAAGAAAUUGAUUAAAGAGUAGUAACAAACAUUCAAAUAUGUCUGAUCGAAACUGUAUUAAUUAUUUUGACUACAGUAUAAAGUUGUGCACCAGUAACAUCAGUUCAAUAUGUAGAAAUUUCGCUUCCAAGUUCUAUGCGAUCGUUUUUGUGGAUAGUUGAAGAAUGUAAAUUUUUUAUUUCCUCCAUUUUGUUUAGUUGUGUGUCUCGAUUAUGAAAAUACAAUAUUAGAUCAUUAUAUUCAAUCGUUAAUAACUUAUUAUAAACAUUGGUGGUUUCAGACAACAAAAGAUUCUCAAUUAAUUAAUCAACAUCUUCAAGUAGAAACUAUCACAUAUUAUCCAUAUGAAGAGUUUAAACUUUUAAAAAAAUUAUGUUUUAUAUUAACCAACAGUGGCUACGUCAUAUUUAUGACUCAUUUUCAACAUAAUGAUGGUAUACUUUUACAUCAAUUAUUAUCUCAAAUGCAUAUUCCACAUUUGAAUUUGAAUAUACCACGUGAUUACAAAAAUUAUUCUCCUUAUACAUUACAAAUGCAACCAAGUUUAACAAUGAUAAGUGUGGCAUUAAGACAAUUAACCGAUUAUUUUCAAUGGGAUAAAAUUAUAUUUUUAUAUGAAAAACAUUCGAGUUUGGAUUUAUUAAGAGAACUAAUGCAAACUCGUAAUGGUCGUCGUCCGGCCAUUGCAUUAAAAGCUAUUUUAAAAAGUUCAUUAAAUUCAGUGAAUCAAACAGAGAAUAUUUUAAAACAACUACGAUCAAAAGAAUAUGGGAAAAAAUUAUUGUUAGCUGUUAGUGGAAAAACAUUAACAAAGUUUCUUUAUGAUGAUGUAACACAUAUGAAUUGGACCUAUUUUCACGAGACCAAUAUUCAAUUGACAAGUAUCCAGUUGAUAACAAAGGAUGCACAUAUUCGACAUUCAUCAGAUGAUCGAGUAAGUAUUAAAAUGAAAACUACUGAUAAUCAGCUGUCAGAUGACUUCAAGAUUUUAUAG